AUGACAAGGAAUAUCGCGCAUUCAAACUUGAAGCGAAGAUUGCGAAGUUAUAUUUUGAAAAGAAUGUGCCGUCAAUCUUGCGCUCUGGCAUGGGCCAAGCAAUUGCCGGAUGUGUUGCUGGAGCUCCUGCAGAUGCGAACUCCUGCUGCUGCUCAAGCAGAAGUGAUGAACGUGUUCGGCACACAGCCUUCCCGAAUAUAUGGAUCUACAGCCGGAGCCGCGACAUCAUACUCCCGAGGGCAUAACCUGGAUGGUCAGAGAGGCAAGAUCAUGGAUCUUCUCCAGCGUGAAAAGGAUAAUUACGAAGCGAUUGGUCUGUCAGAAAGUGACAUAAAAUCGGCCAUUGGAGCGGUAAAUAUGGAUGCUCUGCGGAAAGAUCUCCAGUUUCUGGUCAAUGAAGGUCAUAUAUACAAUACUACUGAUGAUGAACACUAUGCCCUUAUUGAUUAA